UUUCCUCCCAUAAAAGCCUCUCCCUCCGCUAGUCCGCUCUCAAGUAAAAAGCUCCCGAAAUCCCCUCACCUACUCCUCUCCCUCUCCCUCUGGCAGCGCCGCCUCGCCGGCGGUUGCCUGCCUGCACCUUCGCCCCCCGUCUCGACCUCGACGCGGCCUCCGUUCCUCCGCGAGACGCAGCAUGGAUGUGCGCCCUGCGAAUGCGGCCGACGACUCGUCUCUCGGAGACCUGUUCCCGCACCAGCCCGCCGGUUUGGAGAGUGACGAGAGCAACACAGAAUGGCUCUCUGGUUACGUAGAGGACUGCUUUUCGAGCUCCACGUCGUACACAAAUCCCGUCUCUGCAAUGGCAAGCGAGGGUGUCGGAAAACCAAAGCUACCUCCACCACCAUCCUCCAACGGCAGGAGAAAGAAACGGAGCUUGGCCUCCGUCAUGACCAACGGCGACUACCAACAAUUCGUCCUCCCGCUGUACGUCGAGCCACCGCUGAUCCUGAUCGACCAGAAACACUGGAUGGCAGAGAGCGAGCUGAUCCACCCCAAGAAGGACGACGACGACCGAGAGGUUUGCCAGCAACAAGGGCAGGAGCAAGAGAAGGGCGUGCCGCGGCUGGUGAAGAUGUGCAGCAACUGUCUGUCAAGCCAAACGCCACGGUGGAGGGACGGGCCGUCGGGGCGCCAGAUGAUGUGCAGCGCAUGCGGCAUGAGGCUCAAGCCAGAGACCAGGUUGUCAGCCGAGCAGCAGUGCGGCCAGGAAGAACCCACCAGGAAGGAGCAAGAGCCAGACAGGAAGAGGAAGAAGGCGGCCAAGAAGACGUGCUACGAGAGCAGCGACGCCCCGCCGUCGUCGGACCAGCAAGAGAAGCGGUGCGCCCACUGCCUGUCCUCCAAGACCCCGCAGUGGAGGGCGGGGCCUCUGGGGCCCAAGACCCUGUGCAACGCCUGCGGCGUCAGGUUCAAGUCCGGCAGGCUGCUGCCCGAGUACCGGCCCGCCAACAGCCCCACCUUCGUGAGCUGCUUGCACUCCAACUCCCACAAGAAGGUCAUGCAGAUGCGGCAGGCCGUCGCGCAGCAGCAGUGAGGCCGACGUCUCCCGGAAUCUAUCGUUGGAAGCGCGUUAGGGGAUCUCUUAGAUCGUAGCUUAGUCGAUGCUCAGAGAGGAUGAGAACAGAGACUUUGGUUAUAGUAGUAGUAGGCAAUCGUCGUUAGCUCUAGCGGUGUUCUAGCUCAGACUGAUUUGCUCGGUGUUUUUAGACGUCGGAUUCAAUACAAUCUCGAUGUUGUCCUGAA